UUUCAACUGCUUUUCUCUUCUGUCCCAAUCAAAUUCAAAAUCAUUCAGACCGAUGAGCAAAGAAGGAAGUAGAAGAAGAGGCGGAUGGAGUUGGACUUCCGCCCUCGUCGGCGCCGCUGCUGCCGGCGUGGCAGUGGCGGCACUGUCGUCGAAGCCACGGGACCCAGAUUUCCACCUCAUCUCCAUUGACCUCACUUCCUUCAAGCUCAAUUUCCCAGUACUAGACGCUGAACUCAUCCUCACCGUCCACGUCACAAACCCUAACGUCACUUCAAUUACUUACUCGUCUACAGAAAUGUCGAUUUUCUAUUCCGGCGACCACCUCGGUUCUGCUCGGGUCAAAGCCGGCUCGCAGCCGCCGCGUUCCUGCCAGGUCCUCCGGCUACCCGCGCGGCUGAGCGGCGUUCAACUGGCCCAUCACGGCAAGGAAUUCGUGUCCGACGUGGCGAAGCGGGAGAUGGUGCUGGAUGCUACGGUGGAUAUAGAAGGAUUUGCUAAGGUGAUGUGGUGGGACCAUAAGUUCCGUGUGCACGUGGAUAGUCACGUGACUGUCGACCCGAUUUUUCUUGAUGUUAUUGACCAGGAAAAUAAGUCGGCUUUGGAGGUCUUCGUUAGGUGACGCCUGAACCGGCCACCCGGCGGUUCCCCGGUCAGUUCAUUGUAUUUUGUUUCUCGUCCCACGUGGUUAAAUUAUAUAAAGCUAUAUGCAAUCUACUUAAGAAAAUAACUGGUUUGCUCUUUUGAAAAUUGGACUUUCUUUUCUUCAGCUAAGUAAUUGAAGAUUUGAAGUGUGAUUAGUUUC